AUGGCGGCCCGUCAAGCAGGGCUCGUCUUCCCUGUGUUCCUUGCGAACCUUGCUGGGUUCCUGGCAACGGAACAUGGCUGUGCGGCCAAUGACCCUGAGGACGCAGACACAGCUUGGCUGCAGACGGCCCAGAGCUCGAGUCAUGCUGCCCAGCUUUCGCAGAGAGAGUGCGAUAAGGAUGAUCUCGCCUGCGAAGCCCGGCAGUUAGCUUGCAACCUGACGGGCAUGAUUGAGACUGUAUGCGAAGGGGGCCACCUAAACUUGUACGAAGAUGCUGUGCCGCGGCGCCUGACCAGGACACGUGCAGCGGCUAGAAACUCCUCUGGCACGAGCUCAGUCUCGUUGGACUGCCCCGCGGCGUUGAGUUGCGUUCCGGACGUCAUCGCCUAUGAGGGUAAGAAUCCCGGUGCUGAAAUUGGCAUGACGACGGCGAAGGUCGCAGCAACCGUUGCCGUCGAAACGUUGAAGGAAAUCCUGAGCGCGCGACGCUCAGCAAUGCCAGAGAAAGCGCUGUCCAUCGUUUGUGUGAGUUUCCAAAGUAAGAUCAUUGGUCGAGCGGGCGGCACGGCAUUUGCGUUCAUCGGUGGGUUCCUUGAUGCACUCUUCCCAAGCGCCGGUGGCCUACCUGAGUGGACUGUCAGGGGCAUGAACAGUAUCAACAUUUUGAAUCAGCCGAACCUGACGGAACAGGUGAAGCCCUUUGUGCAGCAGUUUGUGAAUGCCAAGCUGGACGAAACCUUCGAGGAACUUUGGAAGUCUACUAUCGAAGGUUACCAGACGAGAUUGUGGGCCAUGAAUGCUACAGCAUACAGAAGCUCGGAGCACUUCGAGAAUGGAACUAUCAAGCACAUGCCAAACAAGACGCGGCAGCGGAUGUUCGAUGAACUGAAGCAGGUACAUGAUGCCAUGCUGGGUGACGUCAGAUUCUUUUUGACGGACCAUGCUAUCAAAACCACUGCCAGGUCAUACCUCUGCCAGUUCGCAUCUCUGCAUAUCAGCGUUAUGACAAAUCUUCUAGGGUCGUCAGACUACCAGACCCUGGGCGACAGAUACGUCUUCCAGACCUUUUCAAUGUGCUAUGCCAAGUACGUCUACAAGCGCGCGACUGAGGCAUUUAAAUCGAGGAUGGCGACAUUCAUGCACUCUUUCGAUGGCAGUAUGAAGUAUUGCCCCAUGGUAGGGGUGUACAAUGUCUACUGCCUUAAGGGCCAUGAGACGUACAAGGAUGAAUGGCCAGAUUGCAACUGGGAGUUCAAUGGGCGCACCGUCACGCGGUGGAGAAUCAGACCGUGGAGCCAAUUCCUAUUUGGCUGA